GACAACAAAAUAGUUUACAUAUGGCGACCGAGGCGUUCUGAAAGAACCGUAACGCAGUUACUUCAAAAUGUCAUCUCAAACAGAAGUGCCGGGGGUAAAUAAUGCCGUGGAGAAGCUUCAGGAACUUGGAGAUCGAAUGAGAUCAGAACAAUUUGGAUUUCUUAACAGUGAUGUUAGCAAUAUAGAUAAAGUUAUUGAAGCACUUCAUGAGCUGGAACAAGAGCGCAAACAGCUUCAUGAUGAACUGGAGACAGAAACUAUCAAAGCCAGUGUUAAUCGUCACAAGUUACAAUUCCUGCCUGCUGAAAUCAAAGAAGAAAUUAUGGUUGCGGUCAACUCUGCCCGUCAGUCCAAUGCGAAAGCCCAACAGGAACUGCAGGACAAGCUGGACAACAUCAACACGAACAUCGUGUAUCAGGGCGAGCGCCAACGGGAGCUGGAGAAGGAAAACUCCAUAUUGCACCCCGAGAGAGAGUUGGUUCGUCAGCAGCAUGAGGAAAUCAUCUCACAGCUGAACCAGAGGAUGGCAGAGAAAGCCAGCAUGCAGAUUGCUUUGAAUGAGACCAGAGACAAAGUUCGCCAGGCCAAUCAGAAUAUCGUGGACCUGGAGGACGGGAUCCUGCAGCUGAAGGAGGACCUGAUCCAGGAGAGGACGGAGGCCAGACACGAGAAGAAGAGACUGAAGAGAGCCGUGGCUGACACAACAGAGAAGACCAGGGACCAGCGAGAACACAACAUGGGCAAAAAGAAAGAACUGGACGUGUACCAUGAGCUGCUGUUUGACAGUGAGGGGAAGCUGGACGCACUCAGGAAGAGUAUUCGUCGGUUUGAGACGACCAAGUCCCGCCUGGAGGAGGAGGAGAACAACCUCAGCACCCGACUGUCCAAGCAGAUGAAGACAAACAAGGCGCUGCAGGCCAAGGGGGAGAAGAUUGUUAAGGACAGUGAGGAGGAGCAGAAGGGGUUUGCUGAAGAUGAGAAGAAACUAGCGAGCAAGAUAGAGCAGUUUGACGGAGAGGUUGGGGAAGAAGCAGAGAGACUGAAGGAGCUGGAGAUGGAGAAGAUGGACCUACAAGCUAACCUGAGGGAGAAACAAGCAAAGGGGAAAGCAGACGCAGCCCGGGUUGGAGAACUGGAUAUACUAUUACAGACAGCAAAGCAAAACUUGGCCCUGAAAGCUGAGGAGGUCGGUCGCAUGCAGGCGGAGAACAUAGACAUGACCGAGGAGAUGGAGACACUGGGAGAAUCUCACAAGGCCGUGGUGGCGCAGCUCAGCAAGCAGCUCGAGGAGUUCAGGGAGAUGCUCAACAACGAGAAGAAGGACAGGUUGAACAUGCAGGGCCAGAAGGACAAUGUACAGAAGGACCUGGAAGACUUCAAGACAGAACAGCAGCGAUUCAUGCAGUCUGUCAACCAGAAGAUCCAGGAGGGCAAGACCAAACAUGUGGCGCUUGCUAACGAGGGUGCCCAGAUUCAGAAGGACAUACGGAAAGAUGAGGAGGAGAUUCACAAAAUGCAAGCGGAACUGGGCACGCUGGAAGCGAAGUAUAAAGACAUGUUCUCAGCCAUGCAUGCAAAGAAAACAACAAUGGAGACACCAGCACAGUUCUAUGAAGAAGGCAAGGACCUGAGGGAAGAGAUAGUUUCCAUGGAGACAGACCAAGUGAACAAGUCCAAGGAAGUGAGUGAGAAGAUGCCAGUGUUUCAGCAGCUGGAGGUGACGUUUGAGGAGAGGUCAGAGGGCUACGACAAGAUGAAGAAGGACGUUGUUGCCUUUAAGAACAAGAAGAUGAGCUUAGAAGAUGCAAUAGUGAAGAGCAAGCGAGACAAAGAGGACAUGGGGGCCCCCCAGAUGAAGCUGCGGGAAGACCUGAAGCAGCUGCGGGCGGAGUUCCUGACGCAGAUGAAGACUCACUGCCAGCUGAUGCAGGGCACCGAGGAACAGAUCUACCGGGAGGGCAGCAAGCUGAAGAAAGUCAUGGAGGAAAACCACAGGUUUCAGGAGAGUUGCAAGAAGCUGGAGGCUGACAUUGUGGACAUCCAGUCUCAGAUGGAGAUCAACGAGGAGGCCACAGUGCGGCUACAGAAAGAACUUGUCCAGUCUAAAGAGGCCCUGGUGAACAGCUGGGAGGCAGACAAGACCAUGCAGGAGUUGUUUGCUGACCGAGACAAGGACACAGUCGAAGCGUUCGGACGUCUGCUGGAGAAGACCGAGAACCGAGAGACCACCAUCUCCGACGUGACAGGGCGACUGACUGACGAGCUCAGCGUUCUGGCCAACUUCCUGGACAAUGUGUCCAGCCGCCGACCGCGAGGAAAACAGCGAGUCUCCAGAAACGAGAAGUGGCCAGCGACCAAGCAAAUCCUCCGCCCGGAGACCCGCGACGGGCAGCACACACCGAGCUCGCAGCGCAGUCGAAGCAGUAGCCGCUGCAAACCACGCGUCACCUGGGACACCUCACCCCCCGAGUCUCGACCUGAGAGCCAGUCGCCAGUCAAACACAGAGAAAAGUCUGACCUCUCGACCAACCACGUCCGGGUCAAGACCUGCCUCUAAGAGCAUGACCGACAUCAGAACCCCACGGUCUACCAGGGCUGUGGCAACACCCAAGUCCUCCAAGUCAUGAACACUUUUAUGUGUAUACUGAAGCCAAGCUGUGAUGUACUAUAUAAUAUUAUAAGAUUUUAAUUGUGUUGCUUUGUUGCCAAUAUUUGAUAUUAAUACAUCAUGCCACUACUA